GCUUGCAUCAAACUUGGGCUCCCAGGCCAAGGCUAGGUCACUCCUGCACGCUGACCACCUGCCUUCGGUUAAGGUGUAUGCAGCGCUUCCUGUAGUGGGGGACCGAUGCAUGAGUCGCGUGAGCAGAAGCAGAGACUGGCUCAGUGUUCUGCACUCCGCAGGGACCAGGCAUGGCAGGAUUGAGUCAGCUCAGCCACCAGGCCUCAUGUGGCCUCUUACUAUGACACCACUGGCCUCCCGCCUCCUCCAAGCACUCAGAUGUGAUCUCAGGGGUGUGGGAGGCUUUCUCCACUACCUGAUCAGGUAUGAGGAUGCUCAAGAGGUGCACAGCCUGUUGCUGUGGCAGGCACUGGAGGAGCACAAGGCCUCUUGGGAGAGGCAGGCAGAUCGGCUCCAGGUCCACCGUGCAGCCUGGCACAUCUUUCACACGUACCUGGCCCAUGACGCGGGAUGUGAUGUUGGGCUGGCCUAUGAUAUGCCGCUUUAUGUCCAGCACCUUCAGGAUCUGCUCAGCACCAGUGAUGGAGGCCUGGAGCCCAUGGCCUUUGAGCCCGUGGCUCAGCAUGUGCUUGCUGUCCUCUGUGGGUCCUGGCUCCGCUACUUCCGCUAUGAAAUUGCCACCUUCCUGAAGUAUUGUGUGCCAGCCUCUUUCUUUGAAGCCCAGGAUAUUAGGAGCAAAGAGAGUAGAAACAAGCAAGAAAGGAGAAACAGGGCCAGGAAGAGGAGGAACAAUGCCAGAUCCCAUGCCCAGGAAGGAAGAGAACAGCAGAAGCAGAAGAAAACAGCAUCUAAUCCACUGGGCUCAGGCCUGGCCAAGGAGGACACCCCAGCUGGCAGGGUGUCAGUGACAUCCCAGCCAUCCCUGGACCUGCUCAGCAACAAGGUGGUUUUUAAAGUUUAUAGGAAAGCGGCUCAGGAAAUGCAGGAUGCUGGCUUGCAAAGGGCACUGGGACUGCUGCAGAAGCUGGAGUGCUGCUGGGAGGCCCCAGGGGACAGGCAGCGGCUGGGCAGCACCCUGAAACUCCUGGACCUCUGGGACCAGCAAGGGUCUGAGUCAGCCAACCCUCAGCUCCCUCGAAAGCUGAGGAAGAGACUGAGGGUGGAGGUGGCCCAGGGUGGAGUGAGCGACUUGAGCCUGGAAGAAAUGCAGGCAGCUCUAUAUUCAUAUGUUGCUCAGAGCUUUGACGGCUUCUGGGCUGAGGUGAGUGAGGGCCUGAGCAGGCACGGAGUGCAGCACACCCAUCUGCAGGAGGAGGGCUGGGCCAUGCUGGAGCCACUCCUGCACUCGCUGGCUGCCAAGGUGGCCCUCAAGCACCUAAAGAACAGGAAGGCCAAGGCGGGGUCUGCAGCCACAGCCCGGCCUAGCCAGGAGGACAAAGUCUCCUUCUGCCAGUCCCUCCGGGCUGCUGCCGAGGGCUGGCCCAGCCUGGAGAUGCUGCACUUCCUCCAGUACCUGCAGGUCCAUGGCCCCCCCGUGCUGGAGACCAGUCUGUGCUUCCAGCUGGAGGUACAGAAGUUCAAGAACGCCCAUCAUGGCACGCCGGACGGGGCCCUGCUCAGGAAGAAGGUGCAGGUGAUCCGUGAUGGCUUCCUCCUCUCCCAGCUGGAGCCCAGGCUGCAGGUGGCAGUGGAUGCAGAGAAGCUGGGGAGGGCUGUGCAGGCAGCUGAGCAGGCCCUCCAGAAGGAUGCUCCGUUACCACCUCCGAACCUGUUCGAUGAGCUGAGGGACUCUGUGUUGAGCAGCCUCCUGCCCUACUGGGCUUGUUUCCAGAAGGCCUGGCUGCAGCGGUCUCCUACAAGUGCCCAGAGAGCUCCAGUGCUGAGAGCUCAGCAGCUGCUGAAGCAGAGAUGUGCCUGGUUUGAGAAGCCCCAGGGCCUGCGACCAAUGCUCCAGUUGCCUCCGUUGCAGCAGCCUGAGCAGGGAAAUGAGCAGCAGGACAAUGUUACCUACACCUUCUCAGUCAGCAGGGGCAUUGCCCUGAAGGCCUCCAGCAGAGAAAGUACAGCCAGCAUCAGCACAAAUACCUCUGGGCUCAGACAUGGCAAGAGGUCAUCAAGAUUUCAGCUUCCUCCCAUUCCCAAAAUACCCGCACCUAUCUGAUCUGGAUGGACAACACUGCCAUGAAGAGAAGCAGCCAGAGCAGGCCAACUAGGCUAGAAACACCCAGCAGUGCCCCUGCUCUGUUGGAUCUCAAGUAGAGCAAGACUUUUGUCCCAUGCUGGAAGUUACAGUCCUAGGGCAAUGGAUGCCAGCAGGAAGGGGUGUCGGGGCAGCCCGCCCUCGUUUGGUAAGGCUGGUUCAUCUACCUCAGCUGCAUGAAAACUCUUGCUGAGCUCAGGCAGAUGCUGCCUGUACUCCUGAUGCAGAGGCGGGAAGUGAGUCAGUGCUGUAGGGUGCAGGGAGCAUGACAGGGCACUGAAAACAGAGCCUACUCUCUCCAUAGCCCUUCUACCUCUGCUCAGAUUAGCCAUGCCUCACUGGCCAGUGAAUGGGGACCUGCCCCUGCCAGAGACAGUUCUUGUUCAGCAGCUGGAAGAUGAGGUCAAGGCAGGUGUCUGAAGUGACAUUAAGCCUUAAGGCUCCCAAGGAGUUUUCAUGCCAGCUUGUUACAGCUGAUGUGACAUUGCCAGCCUGGCUUUGAAACAGCAACACCCCCUGCCACCAAGCUUAACUGAGCCUUUGCUGCUAUCCCACCACUCCUCUAAAAUGGGAGAAGCUGAGCAGGUCAAGGGGUUUUCCCUCCUGUUCAGAAGGAGCAACUGUCACAGCACACAUGGUGUAGCAGGUCACUGCCACAGCAGGCUGUUGCUGUACAGAGGGGAGGGAGGCCACGGCAGUGCCACCAAUAACAGGAUGGGGGGAGCACACAAUAAAUUGUUUUACUCCCGUCCUAUGGCACUAGCCUGUAUCCAUAUUAAGAAUGGUCAGAGCUGAGGAUGUGGCAUGUGAGACCCUGCCAUCCCUUGGUAACAGGGAAAUAGGAGCUGAUACACAUACUGGAGUGACAGCCAACACAGGAGGAAGGUGUAAGGCUGCUUCUAGCACCAGGCCAGCUGUGCAUGGCACUCUGGUAGGGAAGAUGGCUCCCACAUGUGUUGUGCUCAGCUCUGACCUGGACACCAGGCCCUUGCCCCUAUUGCCUCCUGCUUGCCCUCUCUUGCAACCUCUUCCUGUCUGGUCACAGCUACUCAACUCCUGCCCCUCCCAAAUUCAUUUGCAAUGCUGCUCAGAUUAUUGUCCUGGUUCCUCACUGACAGCAUCACUCUGCAUCCACAGCACUAAACACAAGCUACUUCCUUUUGUGACUACUCCCAGCUUUGCCCGCAGCUGCUCUGCUUGCUCACCGCAAUGCUGAUUGCUCCCUUUGCUCUGCCAGUGUUCCCUGACUUCAUGGCUCAGUCACCUUCCUCCUUGUGCAUAGGAAAAUUCCCCAGAAGUCCAGACAUCUCCAACCUCAGUCUCUUCUGCCAUGGUAGCUCCAAAACCAGUGAGGGGGCCACCCUUUUUUUUUUUUUUAGCAGAUGUGCCAAAAAACAGCCCUUGUAGCCUCUGAGAGUGCCAGUCCUCUGCCCAAUCUGUGCUGCUUUCUGCUUCCAUCCCUGUGCUCCCUGACUGAUCAGCUGCCCUGCUUCCCUGCCCAAUUUAUUGUGUGCUCC